AUGGCUUCGCGACUAGAGAGAGCUAUUCGUAUGCGUCCUUCCCCCCUUACCACUGAGCAGAAAGCUAACUUCUUGAUAGGGCACUCAGACGGAGUGGCUCGCGAGAAAGUAGAAGAGCUCGCUGAGAGCGCAGGUAGGAUUUUGAUUCAGUAG